AUGGAAGCAAGUUUUCAAAAAAUAAAAAUUGCAAAUUUGAUUCACUAUUAUUCAAAAAAAAAUCAGAUAGAAUUUACAUUUGAAUCUUUAGUAGCAAACAAACUUAAGAAUGAAAAUGCUAUAAUCAAAUAUGAUAGAGUAUUAAGAAGGUUUUUUAUUUCAGAUAAAAACAGAAUAGACAUGUGAAACAAUUUACAAGAUGUUAUUCUGGUUGACAGUACUUAUAAAGUACAUAAUGACUUUCAAUGUGCAGUUUUUAUAUUAACACUUGACUCCAAUGGAUCUAAUUAUGCAUUGGCAAUGGCAUUAUGCCACAAAGAGACUAUAGAAGACUAUAUUUGAAUCUUUUCUAAAUUUAUAAAGUAUUUUCAGCAUCCAAAAGCUAUUUUUGCUGAUAGAAACAAUGCUCAAUAUAGAGCUCUUUCAACAGUUUUUACCUCAUCAAAAGUGUUUUUUUGCUUAUGGCAUUUACAAAGAAAUGUUAUUUGCCACUUAAAAAAAUCUAAAUAUAAGUUGGGAUGAGUUUAA